AUUGAGAAAAAAAGAAGGAAAAAAGAAAAAGAGAGCGAGAGAGAGUGAAAGAGCAAGUUUACUCUGCUGGACUCCGGGAGGCUGAAGCUCAUCCUUGCCGCUCUCUCUACAGCGGAGGAACAAACCCGCAGCACCACAUUAAACUGUGUUCAGAGUUGAAACUUUUCCAGCUUCAGAAGAAACGUCAGUGCUGAAGUUGGAGGUAACAAGGUGGUUAACACGCUCUGCUGUGCUCCCUUUUGAGCCACCCCCAUCCUCCCUCCCCAUCCUUUGACUCUAACUCUUCCAACAUGUCCUCUCAAGACACUGCCAUCAAGGGGUCUCGACCUGUGACCCCUCCACUGCCUUCUCCGAGAUCCCCACGGUCCCCAGAAUCUCUGCACCUCCCGGCCUGCAGACACAGAGAUCGCUCGCCUUCCCCUAUGAGAGGCUACCUCAUCCCCAGCCCUCUUCCCACACGCAGAAACAGGACCUGCUCAGCGACGGCUCGUGCAUCGGAGGGACCCGUGUUUACUGGCGUGUGUAAAUGUUUCUCGCGCUCCAAAGGCCAUGGAUUUAUCACGCCAUCGGACGGGGGCGCUGACAUCUUUGUCCAUAUCUCAGACAUCGAGGGCGAGUAUGUGCCGGUGGAAGGCGAUGAAGUGAGCUACAAGGUGUGCUCCAUCCCUCCUAAACUCGAGAAGAUCCAGGCCGUGGAGGUGACCAUAACCCAUCUCAAACCUGGGACCAAACAUGAAACCUGGUCAGGGCACACCGUCAACAGCUGAACCCCUGAACCGCGCUGGUGGAAGGGAAGAGGAGUGGGUGGAGUCAACAUGAUUGGGGGGGCGGGGUGGAAGAAUGAAAAGGGGGGGGGCCUUGGGAGAGAUGGAGGAGCCAGAGGUGGUUUGAGUGGUAUGUGAAUAGAUUUCUGGAUAGAGUGGGAGAUGUUUUUGCUAGGGAGACUUCACAUUAUGUUAGAGUUUUAGAUCCCUGUUUAAAAAAAUUUGAUAGUGAGAUGUUUGAAACAAGAGUUUCCAUUUCCUGGAAGUUUUCACAGAUUUUCGUUUGGAAGAGCUGAACUGGCCGUGGCUGCUGAAUAACCCAUGAACCCAGCGCCGUGGGGUUAUUCUACAAACUACACUGUGAGGCGUACUCCUCUGUUUGUGCCUACUUCUAUCUAUAAUCUGUGUUUGACAUGUUUGGAUGGCUCAACAAGUGAAUUAAAGAACUUUCACCUGGUA